AUGGAUAAUUUAGAAGGACUUGUCAGAAGAAUUGUUAAUACGGUCAAUGGGACAAGAACAAGGCCAGCAGAAGCCAAUGCUCUUAGUACAAGUGGGGCACCUGCACAGCAAUCCGCGACAACUGUGGAGGAAGAAGUCAGAAGACGGUAUUCUCUUCCGCGUAAUGCCACAAGUACCGAACAAAGUGCCGAAUCGACUCAGUCAAGCUCUUUCUCUCUUCCAGUAGAAACGAGAAGAGCUCAACGAUCAAACGUUGGUCCUCUGUCACAAUAUUUUCACCCAACUGAAAAUUAUGGACAAUGUACGCUCCGGGCACAAAGUCGAAAUCGUCAAGUGAGACCGCAACGGCGUCGUGCAUCACCCUAUGUGCAACCAUGCAAGGACAAAGUCAAGUCGGAUUCAUUUACAUUAAAAGAAGUAGUUCUUUUGCCCUCACCAAGUUACAGUAAUGUGCCCAAAUUCACUACUAAAGUUGAACUUAAUAACAAAGGGCUCAUUAUGGAUGGUUUCCAUGUAAACAAAAACUGGUCCGCGCAAGAACUGCCGGAUAAACUACAAGCAUUGUUCGAAAAUAAAUUGAGAGACCGACAAGGUGAAUUAAGAAGGUACGUGGUCACUGGUCAAACUGUAAAGGCAAUUUAGGGGGUGUUUGCAUGAGCCCUGCAUGUAGGGCUGGUUUUCACCUCGUGUUUACGUGAUAAAAUUAGCCCUCUUGGCUCGUUUGCGUAAACAAGUUAAACAACACUUAAAUGGUUCCCUGCAGCUCAUUUAUUAUAUUACGAAGACCAAAAUCGUGUUUUUCUGAAACACUUCCAGCGAACAACUAUCAUACAAUUGAAUAUUGUUGAGAAGCUAAAUAUUUAAAGUGAAAAAAUUAUUCUAAAAGCCGAGUUUGAGACGGAUAAGACGGAUACAGUGGUUUUCUUACAGGGCUAGCCCUCCAUGUUGCAUUUAGGGGAAGCAUCAUACUCAACUUGCCACGAGAAACGUCAAUUUGACGUUUGUGGGUGUGUGAGUUAUUUUCUUUGACGUUUUUCCUGUGGCAGUUUGACACUUUUGAAUAUUAUAAAAGUACAAUAUAAAAUUCUUUUGUAUAAUAUAAAAUUGUAUUUGUAAUACGUACUUUAAAAACACAAACCUGUACAAUACUUUCCCUAGUCAAGGAAAAUAUACAAAACAAACAAACUUUCUUACUUUGCCAGACGGUAAAUCAAGGCUUUAUAUUUAUUUGUUAUGUUUGUUUAAUAAUACAAGUAUUUUUGAGCAUUCACACUUGUUUUUUUUUCUUGCCACGGAUUGACGUUUCUAGGGUGGGUGGGUGGGUGAGUGGGUGGGUAUGAAAAAGAAACGUCAAAUUGACCUUUCUCGUGGCAAAUUGAGUAUGGAUGCUCCCCCUUAUAUGGGAAAUAUCCAGGCCUACUUCAGUUCACUGGCCCUAUUACUGUAGGCGAGCUCGUGGGUAGUUUAAUUUUAUAAUGAGAUCUCGCCUAUGAGGGUUGGCCCUUUUCCCACAUAAGCGAAAACAAAUUUCAAUAAGGCCAAAAAAAUAUGUGGGUUUCUCUAUUUCUUCUUGUAAAAACUUAGGUAGGGUAGGUCGGUUUAAACUUUUUUUUUAUUUUCCUAUAAACAACCGGAGGCUAUUUUGUUUGUCAGUGCUUCCACAUCCAAAGAUAAAUUUCCCUAAUAUUGCCUCAAUUUUCCACAAACGUUUUCCUCUAAGUGGAAACACUUACAAGCAUGAUCAGAAGUAGGGUCAAGAUUUUGGUGUCCAAAAGCUAGGUAGGGUUGGGAAACCGGAAACCCACAUUUUUUGCCUAAGGAUUUCAAAUAGCAUGCAGGAUCUUGCCUAGGAGGGCCAGUCAUUCCUGUAGAGCUCAUAUAAACACCCCCAUAAACAGGGGCCAUACACAGCAGGGAGGGCCAAGUGCCCCCCUAGAAAAAAUAUAUUUACGAUUUUUAGAAUGACAUUAAUUAUUCUUUGGGUAAAUGUAUUUUGGACUUUUUUUGGCAUAUAGGCCUCACUGCCCCCUGGUGAAAAAAAUCCUGCGUACUGCCCUGCCCAUAAAAUAUGGGUGAGAUAAGGUGCAACAUUUAACAGCUUGAGUAGUUAACAGCAUAUUAAAAUUGAUACCUGACAUUUGAUAUUGAACAUAAUACUAUGACUUUAACUUGCAUAAAUUUGUAUUUUUUGUAUUUCUGUGGUUGCAGCUUUGAAUUUGUAAAAGCAAUUGGUUCAAAUAUUACUGAACUUCAUGUUUCACAAGGGCAAGAAAUUUCAGGCAAAGUUAUUAUUGGAAUUUCCAAACAAGGACCAAUUUAUAUACGUGCAAAAAAACAGUUGGGCUUGCUGGUAAGCUAGGUUUGCUUUUAUUGUUAUAGACUGUGCAUGUCUCUUAGACUUUUACUUUGCACUUAAAAAAGUGGUUUAAUGUUGGAUUAUAUAUUUUGCUGUCAUUCUUUAUGACAUGACAAUGGAUUACUCUAGAAAACAUCCAGACCUCCAAAUUGGAAGCACACCCCCUAACCCAUUCGGACAUCCUAGUGCAAUUUACUUUUAUCAGAAGUAUCUUUCCCCCUUCUCCUUCCAGACAACAGAAAUUGCCUCUGGAGGGAGUGUAAACCUUUUCUGGAGUGACCCAAAUGCAAGAAUACUAUUCUAUUUUGUGAGCAUUGCGUAUACUGGCUUUUCCCCCCAACCAAUCAAAUCAUCUUGUCUGGUGCAAUAGAGUAUCAUACAGAGUGUAUCUUCUGUUAAAUUAUUGUAAUUAAUUAAAUUAAAGGUCGAUGCUAUUGUAAUACAUGCAAAUAUAAUGUUCAUUAUAAUUAUAAUACUAUGAUGCUUGAUGAUUAUGACUUAAAUUUCAAGGAAACUGAUUAUGAAUCUGAUGAGGAGGGGUAUGACAUACUUUCAACAAGCCAUCUGCAAUCACCAAAUAAUCAGUCAUCACCAAAUAGUUAGUCAUCAACAAAUGAUCAGUCAUCAACAAAUGAUCAGUCAUCAACAAAUGAUCAGUCAUCAACAAAUGAUCAGUCAUCAACAAAUGAUCAGUCAUCAACAAAUGAUCAGUCAUCAACCAUCAACAGCCAUCAAGGUUGGUUACAUGUUAUAUCUGUAUAUGCACAUUUUCAUACUUGGGAUUUAUUUUAGUAAUGCUAAAAAUAGUUAUUUAAUAAUAAUGUAUUGUACGCUUUCAUACAGCUUGAUAACUAAUGAAAAUAGACUAUAUUUAAGAUAAUUAUGUAAUCCAAAGUGUUACAGUGUGUCUACAGUAAGUGGGGCCACUUAGAGAACACUAACCAAUCACAUUGCAGAACAAAAAAUGAAAAAAUCAACAAACGGCACAUUAGCCAAUCAGCAUUAGGCCAAAAACAAUUUGAACAAAUAAACGAAUGUCAAACGGUAAAAAUAGACUUGUAAAAGUAAACACUGCAGUUAAUGGCUUCCUGAAUCUUUCUUUUGAUUGGACGAGCUUUAGUUUGAUUAGAUUUUUGUUCUGCAAUGUGAUUGGUUAGUGUUUUGUAAGUGGCCCCACUUACUGUAGACGUACUGUAAUUUGUUUGGUAUUUUCAGAAAAUUGUCAACAGCUUGUUCUGAUGUUUCCAAACAAAUCAGAAAAUGACCUGAUGAGACAUUUGCAGAAUUCGCAUGGAGAUAUAAAUUCUGCAAUAUCAUCAAUUUUGAGCGAUGAUGGUAUGUAUAAAGGCCUAAAGGCACAAUGCGACUUGUCGUAUACGAUUGCCAUGCUGGUCAGCUGGUGUAUGAGAACGCCAGUGUAACUAACCAGCUAGUAAUGUUUAUACCUGUAUAAUUAUAGAAAUUACUCAGGUUACUGUAAUAAAUGUGGAGGAAGAGGAAUCUAGCAAAUAUCCUGAUUCAAAUGAAGGAAGUAAGUUGUAUAUGUAUUGCUAGUGCUAGUUAUGUCUGAACUCUCAUAUUGAACUCUCUGAACUUUAAUUAUGCAAAAGGAGAAAUAUUUUUGAACAUAUCUAGCUCAAUGAGGACUCAGCUGAUAAUCUUCAAAUUUUCAUCUAUGCAACUGGUUCAUUAUGUACAGUACCUGAUGGAUGCAUUGAACAUUACAUAGAUUUAUUCAGCUUUAUGGUCACAUUGUAUUAUGUAGAGGUUCACAUAUUCCUUGCAUGAUACUGUACUGUAAAUAUCGAUCUUAUUGUUACUGCUGUAAAACAAUAGUAACCCCUUUGAUUACUUUUACCUUUCUGGUAACAGAGUGUGGGCGUGCUGUGGUUGUCACCCUAUAAAUGACUCCUGGUUGACCGCGAGGCACAUCUGAAGUUUUAGAGGGCUAACCCUAAUCUCAAACAACUCUGUUAACAUUCCCUGUGAGAGGUAGAAACCUGAGUAUAGCUAGAGUGACAUCAAUGGCUUUUGGUAAACUCUUCUUACAUGAGUGUCGCGAGCAGCAAGAAUGAAACAUACAGUACUAUCUCAAAGCUUAAAGGCCCAAAAUUUGUUACUGUACAUUAGUAGCUCGCAUGCAGUUUUCAUGGUCUUGCAAAUUGCUACCUAUGACCUAAAUUUUUGUUAAUGUUUACGUAAACUUUCGAGUGUCUGCAUAAUUCUUCUUUUCAAUUACUUCGGUUUAAGGCAAGUUAAACACAAUUUGCUUGUGAUGUUACUCUGAGUGUAUAUCAACACCGGGCAGGCUUGAAAUAUAUGCCUGGCCACGGUGGGAAUCGAACCUACGACCUUAGGAAUACUAGCCCAAUGCUCUGCCGCGUAGCCCAGUUGGUAGAGCAUUGGGCUAGUAUUCCAAAGGUCGUAGGUUCGAUUCCCACCGUGGCCAGGCAUAUUUUUCAAGCCUGCCCGGUGUGGAUAUACACUCAGAGUAACAUCACAAGCAUCUUAUUCACCUGAGUACAUUACACCAACACAGCAAAUAUCAUUAAACACAAUUGUAUCUUGUUAUUUUCUUUUUAGUUGCUUACCCUCUAAAUACUGUGCAAAUGCCUGCACAUGAAGCUUGUUCAAUGUAUAGACGAAAUAUGAUUAAAGUGAGUUCAAACAGACCAGAACUAAUUAUUGACCGAAAGUCACCUGCUCUCAUUCGCAACCUCUUUAAAAAACUUAAGAGAGGAGAACUACAGCUUUGCGAACAGCCUGAUGUAACGUUUGUUGGAGAAGAAGGAAUUGAUGCAAAAGGUUUAACAAAAGAGUUGGCAUACAUGAUUGUCAAAGGCCUAAGAGAAGGAAAUAAAGGCUAUAUGUUAUUUGAAGGUCAAGCCAAUCAUAUGUUGCCAAUUCACUGUGAGGAACAUGUUCAAAGUAAGCUGUUUGUAUAUGCUGGUCAGUUAAUUGCAUUUGCCUUCCUGCAUGGUCACAUUGGUUUUCCUGGAAUGUCUCGAGCUCUUGCAAAGUAUAUUGUCUCUGGAGAUCUAAAAGAUGCCGUACCUCAUAUAUGUAUUCAAGAUAUUCCAGAUAUCAAUACAAGAUUACUUGUCAAGGAGGUGAGUACAAGACUGAGAGAAAUAUAUAAACUAGUAGUUACUAUCGCAAGAACAUUGCUGCCACAAACUUGACGCUCGCAAUAGAUACAGUACAUCAGAUCGAUAUUUGGAUGAUGCAACCAUGCAAAGUGGAAACGUAACAACCGAGCCGUUUAAUGUACGUUUAUUAUUCCGUUUAUUAUGUUUGCUAAUUGGAAUGAAAGUUCAUUUAUAAUGACGCUUGCUCGUUAAAAUUUUUAGCGCAAGGUAUAAUAACGCAAAAUAUCUAAUUAAACAUGCCUGUGCAAUAAAAGAUCUUGUUUGCAGCCACAGGGAGGUAUUAUGUAGGUCAGAAUCUGGGUACAUAACCACGCAAAUUAAACCAACCACAAUGGCAUCUACCGCUGACUGAAUAGUAAUGAAGCGUGAUUAAAAAGUAAGCCAAGAUGGCGGAUAAUUCAAGGAGGAAAAAAGCGAAGCCUUGGAAAACUGUUGUUAUUAAUGGUAAGAGGAAAUAUCUUUUCGAAGAAGUACCUAAUAAAGAUAUAUCAAAAGUCAGAGUUCCGCACGUCGUUUAUAGCAGCUCGCAAAAUCGGUUAUGUACAGCCUCAACACUGUCAAGUGUUCAUAUAAAUAGCUCAACAUUGACUGAGAAUCCUGAGAUUGAGUGUCACUCUCAGUCCACUGGGCUCUCUCAUUCCCUGUUUUGUGAUGAUGGAAAUCAAAGACCAGAAGCCCAUAAUGAUUGUGAACCUGGUCAUUCACCUGCAUCGCAAAAUAUCGAAGUAACUUCAGAACUUGCAUAUGCAACUGAGUUGUCUCGGUUAGAAAUGAUAACUGUGGUAACCAACUGCGCCUUUGUAUUUCCUGACUUUAAUCUUGAAAAUAAACAAAUAAAGGUAUGUAUACGAGCGAAUUAACAAUUGAUCUAGUUUUUUUAAAAAAAUUAAAUGGCGUAUUUUAUAUCAACAAAUACUGUACAAAUUUCCAAAAUAAUUUCCUUGAAAUUUAUGCACCAGGCACAAGUAAACCCCUCCUCCUUCCCCCACCCCGGACCGUGAAGGGAUUUGGUGGGGAUUUUGUCAUCGAAUUCGGUCCCAACCAUAUUGGGAAUUUGUUGGUUAAAUUGUCAUUCUGCCGAUUUACACCGGGAAGAUAGUGGGGAUUGUUACUGGCCAUUUUGUCCAAUGGGAGCCCUGGAUUCUACCAUUUUAUAACAUGUGACAAAGAUAUAGGAAGUGAAAUGGAGAAGUAUUUUAUAAAUAUAUUCAUUCAUAAUUUGCUCACACGACUUACAAUUUCCCCCCAUUUGUGGGGCAUUUUUUGUCUUUUGGUAGAAAAUUCUGUUCCAUAUGGUGUGCCAUUUGUUUGUUUUCGUAUGCUAUUCAAAGCCAAUCCCCACCUAUAUCCCGGGGUGGGGUGGGUCUGGGUGCAUUACUGUAAACCUCCGACUAUAAGCCCCCCCCCCGAGUAUAAGUCCCCUGUGUAUGAGCCCACCACAUGUAUUAAUGCUCACCUCAUUCCAAAUAUAAGCCUACCCGAAUAUAAGUCCACUUGUUUAUCACUAUUAUUUAUCACUACCACUAUUAAUCACUAUUAUUACUAUGCUUAACACUUGUUUAUUACUAUUACUAUAUUUAUUUAUCACUAUUACAGUAACACAAAAGAUCAUCCAUGUAUAAGUCCCCCCCCCGUAUAUAAGCCCCCCCCCCCUUGUAUAAGCCCAUCAAAAAUCGCUUACGAAAGAAUAUAAUCCCAGGGCUUAUAGUCGGAGGUUUACGGUAUAUUCUCAAACCUGUGUAUGCUAGAAAAUUGUCUGGACAACUUUCAAAAAUGGCCUUGACAACAUAGUGCCACCGCCUUGACAAUAUACAUUGCAUGCUGAUAAAACUUUUUGUCCAAACAUUCAUUUUCGACAAAAUAUUUGGAGUUCCAAAGUUGAUUGAAAAUUGCAGUAUCACCACACAUUCUAACCAUUUAUUUUGUUGAGCAAUUACCAAGGGUGAGUUGACUACAAAAUUUUUGUAGUUUGCUAUAGCUACAGCUACUGUACUUCAAAAAUAUGUGGUCAGUACACUACUGCUACUUUUGAACAAAGGUAGUUCACUGCUGACUACACCUACAGCUUAAAAAUGUAGCAAAUUAUUUCGCUAUGCUAUAUUUUUUAGUUUUACUGUAUUUGGAGCAUGAUCUACUAACUCAGGCUGUAAUGUGACCUUUAACAAAUCGACUUACGAGUAGCAACAGUAAACACAAAGCAACAUUUUUGUAAGCACUACAGUGUUCAGAAGCAAAUUGAGUAUUGAUUUUAAGCAAACCGUGUCUCAAUAUCAUGCUAUUCUAUCAAGUUGCUAACAAUUUUAGAAAGUAGCGAAUAGCGAUUUGCUGUUUGUCAACUACUUGGCUACUUUUAGGCAAAACGUAGUUUGCCAUAACUGCAGUUACUGUUUUAAAAAAGUAGUCAACAACUACUGGCUGCUUGAAAAUUGUAGUUCACUACAGUAGCUACUAUGGCCACUUAAUGUAUGUAAAGAAUGAUACAUGUACAUAGUACCUACUAUGUACAGUUUUGAGCAUACUGUAGGCCCUUACUCAGAAGAGUAUGAUAGGGGUUACCUGUUGUGAUCGACAAGGGGCAUUAGCUUUUCUAAGGGAGUACAUAAUUAUUUUGUUGUAUUUUUGUGGCUUUGAAUUACAUAAGACAAGUGUUUCUACAAAGUUUUGUAAACAACCACUUGGUAAACAACCACAGUUUCAGAUUUAGGCAACAAUGGAUCUUGAGUCACCAUUGCCUAUUUUACUCUGUCAAACACCACAUUAUUUAAGCUGUGCAAUGCCAUCUGUAGUUUUAUAUCUUUUAUAUAAUUCAGCUUUUGACGUCAAUGGGCUUCAGAACUCUGACUUCAUUUAACAUAAAAUUUAAUAAAUGAUUUCCACAUCCCAGCUAACCGAGAAGGCCUGAAAGUCAAACCAGAUACAAUUUGUGAAAAAGUGUGAGCUACACUUGUCCAACGUUUAGAGACUGAAAUCAGAAAUCCGUAGUCCUCAUUGGCUUUUGUUCUUUUUAUCUUCCUCAACUACUGUAUUUCCAACUCAACCAACGUCAAUCUUAGCCUCAACUCUUUCAACCUCAUGCAACUUAUAAUAAUAAUAAUAAUAAUAAAUUGUUGGUUACUAGGCAAAGAUAGGUAGAGCACAAGUAAAGUUGGGAAUAAAGUUAGAAAUGUGUAAUGAUGAUUGAAAUAUCAAUUUUCCUUUCAUGUAAGGAAAUGAACUUCAUUGUGGUGAAUAGAAGAGUUUGGCACCAUCUACUAACAAACCAGUAUGAUUGGCUAUACAGCUGCACUUGCUCACCUCGAAGAAGUCAACUGCUUUCAGGAUUGUCAAAGUCAUUACAGCAGGAGCCAUUGGGUGUGUAUAUUAUACAGUGUAUUAUACAGUACAUAUAAUAUCUAAGGUUGUGCAGAAGCAUUUGUUGAUUUUAUAUGAAAAUGCGCAUGUUGCUGAAAACAUUUCAGUAAUAUCUCACAGUAUAUAUAUAGUAUUUGGUCAUCUUUAAUUUAUUCGGUUAAUUAAAUCUUUGGCAAGCCAGUAUCAGUGCAGACAGGUGAAAGUAUUGUAUACUGUAGUAUGCUUCAGUGUGCCAUAUGUUUUAAACCAAUGUGGACAUUUAUUUCAUUCAGAUCUUAGUAAUUCAGUGUGCAUCCACAUCAAAGCAUUGUGCCAGUUAUUGCUGGAUUAUGAUUCUCAUCAUGGAAUUACUCCAGAAAUUCAAGAGCAUGCAAAUUUAAUGAGGGAUCAUACAUACGAGGUGCGUAUGCCAAUACAUGUACUGUAUACAUGUAUGAAACCAUCUACUUUCGCUUACAAGUGUGGAUUUUGAAAGGACAACAAAAAGUUGAAUAAUGCAUAUUUAGUCUGCUGCAGGCAACUACUGUAGACAGUUCUGAAAUAAAGAUAUCUUACUAGGAACAUACUGUGGGAAAUACAAUAUGAUAAUAGCAAGCAGCGUAAAUUACUUCGUGUAUCAAUAGUUUAUUAUCAUACUGUAUUUCCUAGCUUUCUGGUAAGAAAUCUUUAGUUACCGGUAUUCAUAUUAAUUAAGAUGUUUUGAGAACGUGAUUUAAUGUUGCAGAGCUACAGUACAGAGUUACUGACGGAGGCGAGGCUGUUACAUGUUGAGAGUUUCUAACAUUGUAUUGUAUUUUUCACCUGCACUUAGAGUACUACUAACCUGUUUGGCAUUCAGAUGAAUGACAGUUUAAUUGGGGUUUCAAUGCAUGAUGCUACAAGUAUUGGUGUACUCCUAAAGCAGCGUGAUAGCUCAGUUAAAUGCAUUCCAUGUUCAUCAGUUCAAUGUGAACACGCCAUGCUUAUAAGGCGAUGGCCAUUGGAUGAUCCUGAUAUACCUGAGCUUCUUGUUGACUUUCUGGAACAGGAUGUCUCCUCAGGAUAUUCUAGGAAUUGUUUGGUAUCUCCAGUAUCUGUCAUGAAAAUACCGUUCGACCUUUCUGGCUGCUUGCGUCUCUCAUUUCUCCAUGGACCUGAAGCUAUUCUCCCUGAAGUUAAAGAUGAUGAAGGAAAUGUUUUCUUGGCUCUCUUUCCCCCUUAUCCAGCUAUUAAUGAUGAUCCAUGUGAUUUAUGUGGGAGUCGAUUUAGAGAUGAAGAUCCAAGGGAAGAAGGAUGGCAUAUUAAAACUGUCAAAUUGUAUGGAAAGCGGCGCAUCUUUGACUGUUUUGGUAUGCUGAUAAUCAUUAGAGGUUUAGAUUUUGCUUCCACUACCACCAGCACUGGUUGAUUAUUGGUCCCUUAAUUGUAGCGGUAGAGGAAGUAAAACUUGAUCCUCUCUAUUGUGUAAUUUAUGUUCCUUUCGUUCAGUUGCCAAAUUUGAUGGGAGGGGUCUGAGGUUACAUGAUACAGUAUACACUGUCUUGGAUACAGUAGAUUGGUGGCAAAUUAAGUGCGUGAAUCUUACGCCCUCUGUUACCAGGUUUCAAUUUUUCUAUACAAUUAUAGUUUUCUAAUUACUAUGAAUCCCAAGAAGAGUUUUUUCAUUUUAAUUCUAUCAAACGCAGCAUUUCCUUCUGGUUUGUAUUUUUUUCUCGGUCUGUACAUAUAGUGACAGUGGAUGAAUAAAGUAUGCCGUAAAAAGGAUGCCCCUUGAGUCCCGUUUGUACAACACUCGCAUUUUUGUUACAACACUAAUAAAACAUGCACCCAUAACAAAAAUAUCCAUGCUGGGGCUUUGUAAAAAGAGUAGUCAUUGGAACACACACGAAUUACGUACUGGUGCCAAACGGGGCUUCAAUAGACCUUCAAAGAAAAUAAUAUAAAUAAUAUUACUUUAAUUUAUAUUAAUUUAAUUUACAGCACGUAAAGAUACGCAGGUUGAACGCAAUGUUUCUAUAAACAUUUUCAGAAUGUUGCGACAAUUUAUUGUCCUUUUUAUACAGUUUAUAACCGACCAUGCUCUGAUGAUGACUGUAUCAAUGAUAUGACGUUUGAUGGUAAUGCAGCCACUCUCCUAAACAUGGGAAAUUACCUCAUAUCUUAUGAAGUUCUUAGGGAAUAUAUGUUCUUGUUUUUGAAAGGAGGGUGAGUCAUUAAUAUUUUUGUUGUGUCCUCUUAUUACUACCCAAGUUGCUUUUACAUCACAUUUUUGCAUUUAUAUUUCUUAGCUUUGUUGUUUGUUCAGAGAAACUUUAUUUUUACUACAGGACAUCCACUGUCAUUUACUUUAUCUGUUUGGAGUUAUUAUACUGUACAAUAAAAUGAGACCUUUUACAACUUUUUCGUACGUUGCUUGGUUUUCGAAAAUUUUUGACUAAAAACAAUGUGCAGUCCGCCAUCUUGGUAUUAUAAUUGCCUAAUUAACUCAUUUUUUCAUGACGUCACAAGCAGGGUAAACUUGUUAAAACUUCUUCAUGUGGGAUUAAAUUACUUCGAAAAGUUUCUUAAAAUGUUGUGAAUUAAUUGAGUACUAAAAAGACUUCGGAAAAUCGAGUUUCAUAUUGAUCAUGACAUGUGGUGUGCAAGAUAAAAAUUUCGCUUUUUACCUUACUUGUGACGUAUGCAUUUCGAAUAUGGAUAUGCAUCCAAGAUGGCAGAAUGCACGCUGCUUUUGAUAAAAAUAAGUUGAUUUAUUUCGAAAACCAAGCAAGAUGCGGAAUAAUUGUUAACUAAAUUUAUAUAUCAUUUUAAAUGUAACUGGCUGUAACUCAGUUGGUAGAGCAUUGGACUAUCAAACCAAAGGUCACAAGUUUGAUUUCCACCGCGGUCAAGCAGAUCUUUCAGCUUGCCCGGUGUGGAUACACUCAGAGUAACAACAUCACAAACAUGAACGUGAUAAACCAUAUUGCAAAACAAAUCAUGCUCAAUGAAUAUUAUAAAUGGAAUUAAAUAGAGAAUAAUACAUGGAUGCAUGCGCAGAAAUACCAGAUUUAUUUCGAGUCUUGAACAUGAUAUCUCAAGAGUGAGCGCAGCGAACGAGUGAGAUAUCAUGUUAACACAAGAAAUAAAUCUGGUAUUCCCAAGCAUCCAUGUAUUAUUCUCUAUUUAAUUUCAUUUAUAAUAUUCAUUGAGCAUGAUUUGUUUUGCAUAUAAAGGACAGUCGUUGAAAAGCGAUAAUGUUUACAGAAAAGCGGCAAUUGCAAAGCGAUAAUUUUCACUUGUGAAAUUACCAUAAAUAAUCUCACAUGUGAGUUUAUCAUUGCUCGAAAUUUCUAUAAAGCACUAUAGUUGAUGUAAUAAUGUUAUUUAAUUUUUGUUGCAGUGUAUCAAUGAAUACUUAUUAUCAGUCAUGGGCGUUGUCUCUGCAGUCUUCUGUGAACAUCAAUUUAAAAGAGACAUUAAAUUACAAUCACUGGCGGUCAGCGUGGUAUGCAUUCUUGCAACUUCUGGACAUCGACUUCACGGCUGGGUUUGAAUGUCCAACAUGCGAAGGUAAUCCUCAAAUCAUCAUUUGUGAUGGUACAAGCUUGGCAUAUAGAAAGAACUUAUGUUCAGCUUUACAGAUUUCCUCUACUGCUUCAACGCCACAACUUGGCCACGGAAGAUAAGUAUACUCUAUUAAACUCUAUAAACGAAGUAUUUCGAUUUUCUCAUUUUCUGAAAGGUCAAAAGUUUUGCUUUUAUGAUAACAUAAGAGGUUUUUCGAAGACAAAGACCGGAGAUAUUUGCUGUGCAAGACAUACUCCACUGAGUAUUCCAAAAAAUAUUUAUUAAUCUACAGUAACUGUAAUUCGAAUAAAUGGUUAUAUAUAUUUUUCAUGAAUAAUUUCUGUGUUUUAUAUGUUAUUCAAUUAACGAGGGUUUAGAUUUGCAAAACACCAAUGACAUUUUUUUUCGUAAAGCUUUUCAUUUGUACAUACUGUAUAAUAAUAGUAUCAUGGGCUCGAAGAAUUGCUUGCUUAUUAUCGCAAAUUGAAUUGGUUUUGUUUUAUGCUUUUACUAGGCACAGUAACAGAGUUUUGGUUAAAUCUAAAUCCUUAAGAAAUUCGCUGAAAAGAGCAUGUACAGAUGUAUCUGCAAUGAACGUCAAUGAGCUAAAUAGCCUUCAAUCUGAAUUGCACCAAAGUAUACCAUCUCUUGCAUCGUUUGUUGACUGGUGUCUUGAAAUUUACGGUAAUGAAGCCCCUUUCCCGAACGGAAUUGCCACAUUCAUUAAGGACAUUUCCUGUAAUACACCAAUUUGUGCAAUUUUCCCUCCCGAUGAAGAUUUACGACGUGUUUGUGACAACAUCCUUAGCAGUGUGCCCGUUAAAGAAUUUCCACGCGAUAUGGAAGUUUUGCAAAAAAAGUGUCCUUCGUUGUUUGUUUUCUUUUCCACUUUAAGUGAAUCAUUUGCGCCCGAGGAGUUCAUCCCUCUGCUAACAGAACUUCUGAAGUUAGCCGAUAAUGCAUUCGAAGAUUAUGUGCCGCCUCCCGAUGAUUCUGUUGAUAGCCCCUCCUCAUUGUUAGCACACUUCCCUUCCCUAUUAUCUGUUCGUGGCAGAGGAAAGUACACUGCCGACCGAAGUAGUCGAGUUGCCGAGAACCCAUGCACAAAGAAGUCCGGAAGACAUCCUAGUCUUCUUCCUGGUAUAUUUCUAAUUUUCUGUCAGCAUGGUAAGUGUUUGUCUCAGCAUGGUAAAGCGCUGCUGUUAAGUUUGUUGGUAAAGAUGAUGUGGCAUUUUAAUUGGGACUCUAAACCAAAGCAUAUAUGCAAGUCUUACAAAUGAUAGUGCACGUUGUUCAAAAUAAUUACGUUGUAAUUUAAUAACGUUUAAACAUUCAACUUACAGCAUAAAAGAACAAUAGAACAUACAUGUACACAGGGCCGUCGCUAUGGGGGGAGGGUUGUCACACCCUGAAAACAUCUUGUCGGCAAAAUAACGGAUUUGCCGGCAAAUUGUUUUCGUAGUUAGAGAAAUUAUUUGAAUGGCUCGGAUUGAAAAGUAAUAGUUAUAUCAAUAGGUAAUAGCAUGGUUUCGAGUGCAAUUUGGAUAUAACAUGAACGAGUGAGUUUUUCAAAGACCUCAAAAUAGCACGAGUCCGAAGGACGAGUGCUAUUUGAGGUCUUUGAAAAACUCACGAAUGCAUGUUUAUCCAAAUUUCACGAGAAACCAUGCUAUUACUUAUUAAUAAUUUACAUAAAAAUGUUCGAGACAAUUGUAGUUUUAACUUACGCGUUUAUGGCGAACAUUCCACUGGCAAAGUUUUCCUGGCUUUGUUUUAUCACAUUAUACAACGCUAACAGCUUGUAAAUUCCACUCAACCGUGUAUUUUUUGUUAGUCUUGUUUAAGGUAAAUGCUUUCCCAUUAAAAAUAAAGAUAAAAGCCAUAUUUUUCACGCGAAAGCAACUUUUACUUUACUGUAGCGCGGCGCCAUGUUUGUUUUGUUUUGAAGCAAUCUGUGACCGUUACUUCUUUAAACUAAAUUGCUUUAAACUGAUUGGUUGAUUUAAUCAUCACAAUGUUUUUCCACCAAUGAGAUCAGUUUGUUACAGAUUUUUGCACUGUGAUUACAGAAAAUUGCACUGUGAUUACAAAAAAUUGCACUGUGAUUACAGAAAAUUGCACUGUGAUUACAAAAAAUUGCACUGCUGUUUGGGAUUAACUGCACUGAAAUCAACCAAUCACAGUCGAGUAAUAUCUUUAUGUAUAUUAUUAGCAACUGAAAUGUUGUCGGCAAAUGUGAUACUACACCCCCCCCCCCACCCCUAUUUAGUCUUCGCCACGGCCCUGCUGAUGUACAGUAGUACUUCCUCUAUUUUAUUGGAAUAUUCCCUUAUAUAGGUAUUAACUAUGGGUACUCAGUUAUGACAACCAACGAAUCUCCCGAUAUGCCAUUUACAAUCCUGCGAUCUCGAUUCACUAGAGGUAAUACUGAUGGUAUUUCGUCUUAUUUUUAAUCAGUACUUAUUCUGUCUGAGAGACAUUUUUACUACAGUCCUGUACAUACAGUAUCAUGUGGUAAUAACAAAUAGUUGAUAUCAUACAUCCAUGUAUAUUUAUGUCGACUGAAGCGACUUAAUACAACCAAGUUUUUAACAUUUUUAUCAUAGCUCCUAGGGUUGUUGUAUACGACAAUGCUUGUAACCUGCAUUCCUAUUGCCUCAAUCGUGACCCAGCGUUUUUCAAAAACACACAGUUCUUAGUAGAUCGUCUUCACUGGGCCGACCACACAGGUUUGAAUGUAUUAUUUAGAUAUCUAAUGAUAAUCACCUUUUCAUGCCUAUAUGACAUUAAUGUGAUGAAAUCAGCAAAUGCAAUACUUGUGUUGAUGAUGUGACGUUUCUAUCUUUUCAAGGUUGUUCCAGCGCGUAUCAUAUCUCCAGCUACCCUGAUUAUGAUUACCUCAACAGUCAAAUCGCAGAACAAAGCAACUCUGGACUGAAGAGAAUUAAAGGACCACUUUCCUAUAUGAAUGAUGAGAACUUCUCAAGGCAUUGUAAUUUUUAUUUAUGGUUCAAAAAUAGGGAAAUUCUGUUGAAAGAAAUUUUGUAA